UCAGCUGGGGAAGAAGGUGGCCGUGGUGGACUACGUGGAGCCUUCCCCCCGAGGCACCCGGUGGGGCCUUGGCGGCACCUGUGUGAACGUCGGCUGCAUCCCCAAGAAGCUGAUGCACCAGGCGGCACUGCUAGGGGGCAUGAUCCACGACGCCCCCCACUAUGGCUGGAAGGUGGCCCAGCCCCCGCACAACUGGGGGAAAAUGGCAGAAGCCAUUCAGAACCACGUGAAGUCCCUGAACUGGGGGCACCGAGUCCAGCUGCAGGACAGAAAAGUGAAGUACUUUAACUUCAAGGCCAGCUUUGUCAACCCACACAUGGUUUGUGGUGUCUCAAAAGGUGGGGAAGAGACUCUGCUUUCGGCCGACCACAUUGUCAUCGCCACCGGAGGGCGGCCGAGGUACCCCACGCACAUCGAAGGUGCUUUGGAAUACGGGAUUACGAGUGAUGACAUCUUCUGGCUGAAGGAGUCCCCUGGAAAAACGUUGGUGGUUGGGGCCAGCUACGUGGCCCUGGAGUGCGCUGGCUUCCUCACUGGGCUCGGCCUGGAUGCCACUGUCAUGAUACGCAGUGUCCCUCUCCGGGCCUUCGACCAGCAAAUGGCUUCCUUGGUCACAGAGCACAUGGCGGUUCACGGCACCCGAAUCCUGAGGGGCUGCACCCCCUUGAGGGUGGAGAAGCUCUCAGACGGGCGGCUCCAGGUCACCUGGGUGGACCUCGCCUCCGACAAGAAGGACACAGGCACCUUUGACACCGUCCUGUGGGCCGUAGGCCGAGUUCCAGAAACCAGAGGUCUGAAUUUGGAGAAGGCUGGUGUGCGUACCAACCCCAACACUCAGAAGAUCCUGGUUGACGCCCAGGAAGCCACCUCCGUCCCCCACAUCUAUGCCAUCGGAGACGUGGCGGAGGGGCGGCCAGAGCUGACGCCCACGGCUAUCAUGGCCGGGAGGCUUUUAGCCCAGCGGCUCUGCAGUCGGUCCUCAGACCUGAUGGACUAUGACAACGUUCCCACGACGGUCUUCACACCGCUGGAGUAUGGCUGUGUGGGGCUGUCAGAGGAGGAGGCCGUGGCUCGCCAUGGAGAGGAGCGUGUGGAGGUGAGUCAGGGCCCUGGGGAGGGGGCUGCCAGGACACAGGCCUGUGUGGCCCUCCACCCCGUCAUGGCCGCCCCCCACAGAGGCCCGCGGCAAGCGGGAGUGUUGGCGUCCUGCUUCCCGGGGCCUGCAGCUUGGCAGGGCGGGGCGUGGGGCCCAGAACGAUGGCUGUGA